AUGACAAUGUGUCGGCGUUGGCCAGAAGUUUAUGGACGUGAACAUUGUAGAAAGCCUUAUCCUGAAAUGGCAUUUCGUGCAUUAGGUGAAAGAGCUCGUUUUUUAACUUCUUGUACUUUAAAUGUUAUGCUUUUUGGAGUUUCUGUUGUUUAUCUUUUGUUGGCAGCUAAAAUAACGAGUGAAUUGUGGGCAUCCUUUAGUCCAUCACACAGUUUUGGUCCUUGUGUUAUGACUUUAAUUUUGGCUGGGGCUUUAUUGCCUGUAACGUUUUUGAAAUCUCCACAAGAUUUUUGGUUGGCAGUUGUAUCAGCAAUGUUAACAACUUGUUUAGCUGUUUUUAUAAUUUUAUUGGGAACAUUAUUAGAUUUACCAAAAUGUUCUUCUUUUGCUAAACAACCAAAUUUUACUUUUAAUAAUUAUUUCCUUUCUAUUGGAAUUUUUUUCUUUGCUUUUGGGGGACAUGGAGUUUUCCCAACAAUUCAGCAUGAUAUGAGAAGACCGAGAAAUUUUACCCGUUCUUCUUUAUUUGCAUUUAUUGCUGUUGCUGCAAUGUAUAUUCCACUUUCAUAUUUUGGUUAUUUUGUUUAUGGAGAUUCAUUACAAGAGUCAAUUAUUUCUUCUAUACAAACAUCUAUUCUUCAACAACUAGCCAAUUUAUUAAUUGCACUUCAUUGUAUCCUUACAAUAACAAUUGUAAUUAAUCCAUUAAAUCAAGAAGUUGAGCAUUUUAUUGAUAUUCCACACCAUUUUUGUUGGCAAAGAGUAAUUAUUCGAACUUUUGUAAUGCUUGCUGUCGUGUUUAUUGCAUUAACAGUCCCCAGUUUUGGGCCUAUUUUAAAUUUAAUGGGUGGAACUUGUGUUUCUUUAAUAUCUGCUGUAAUGCCUUGCCUUUUCUAUCUUUAUUUACACGCAUCAGAAAAUAAACCGAAUCCAAAAUCAAAAUUAGAAAAGGAUUUACCAAUUAAUGAUCGGCCAGUAACUUUUUUGAAUGUAAUUAAAAGAACACCAAAAUAUACACUUUUAAUAAAUAUUUCUGUUAUUGGUUUGUUCAUUGAAAAUAAUCCAAAAAAUAAUUUUUCCAAUAAUUUUAAAGUAAUUUCUAUUUUGUGUGGAAUUGCUGCAACAAAUUCUGCAUUUUUAGAAUUAUCAACUAGUCGAUUUAGUGGUCCUUGUUAUUUAUCCCUUUCUUCAGAAAAUAAUAAAAUAAUUAAUUCUGUCCAAUCUUUACAUUGUUGUGGAACUUUUAGAAAUAUUUCUAGAUGGCCAGAUAUAUUUCAAUGUCCAAGUUAUGAACCUCCAAAUUAA